AGCUGUAGUUGUGGGUCGGCGGUGGGAAGGGCAGAUCUCAGUGUGCAGCAGAUUGGUGUGAUCCACGUUGUUUGGUGGAUUAAGUAUUUACAGUUGUCUCCUGGUUGACAGUCUGCUACAGAGGUGGUGUGGAUGGGGGGGAACAGUCCGAGUCACCUCUCCCGAGAAGAGGGUGAGGCAGGCGGAGUAGCUUUUGUGAAGGGCAUCCGGCUGUCAGACCGAGUCAUCAACCGGAUGAAACAGCCUUCAGUGGUCAGCCCUCAGCUCCCACAGAAUGGAGUUCCUCCUCCACACUCACCUGAAUCUCCAGCGCCCACUCCACCCUCCGCCCCCUCUGUUGAUGACAUGCUGCCUCUCCUGACACCUCCUCCUGCUACAUUCAUCUCACCUCCACCACCAUCCACGCCUCCAUCAAUGGAACCUGCUUCUCCUCCUCCGCCUGUAAAACUAGUGCCUCCUCCUCCUGUAAAGUUUCACUCCCUUCCUACAACUUCUCUGGAAUCUGAAGCAACAGCUCCUGCUCCUCCUUCACCUGCAGAGACAAAAACUUCACCUCUACCUGACCUUGUUGUCUCAGCCCCACCUCCCCCUCUAUCCUCACUUUCUCCACAAGUCGCAGCAAAUCUGGAGCCUGCACCUCCUCCUGCAGCAGGGCCAGUCGAUCUACCUCCUCCUGAACCCCUCGUCAUAGCACCAGAAAGUCCCACUUCUAGACCACCUAUUGCAGAACAAGUCGUCGAACCUUUUGUCCUUCCUCCACCUGUGGAGUCACCCCCAUCAGCUGCAGCUCCACCUGAACCUUCAGCUCCAUCUCUUCUCUCUGAAACUGUGAAACUAGCUUAUCCACCUGCUGAACCUGCUGCUCCUGCUGCUCCUGCUGUAGAACCUCUUGAAACUGUUGUCUCUUCAACCCCACCUGUUGAAGCAGUUAAACCUCCACCCACUGUUGAACUUGCACCUGAACCAACAAUCCCAUCCUGUCCUGUUGAUCCAGCUCCAGCUGAAGGCUUGAUUUUACAUCUUCAGGUGAAGCCUGUAGUCCUGCCUCCUCCAGCUGAAGAACUGACUCCAGCUGUGGUUGAUGCUCCACCUCCAUGUGAACUGGUUUCAUCUCCUCCAGCUGUAGAAGUGACUCCAGCUGUGUCACCAGCUGUUGAUAUGCCUCCUCCACCUGAAGUAGUGACUCCAGUUGUUGCUCCAGCUGUUGAUUUGCCUCCUCCAGUUGUAGAAGUGACUCCAGUUGUGGCUCCAGCUGUUGAUAUGCCUCCUCCAGUUGUUGAAGUGACUCCAGUUGUGGCUCCAGCUGUUGAUUUACCACCUUCCUCUCCUCCAGCUGUGGAAGUGACUCCAGUUGUGGCUCCAGCUGUUGAUUUACCACCUCCCUCUCCUCCAGCUGUGGCUCCAGUUGCUGAUUCUCCACCUCCAUGUGCACUGGUUCCACCUCCUCCUGAGCCAGUAGCAGCCCCCCCUCCUGUUCCAGAGCUCACCUUUGAAGAGCCCUGCCCGCCUUGUCACUGUGUGGAGCUGGCCGUCAUACCCACUGAUGCCCCUGUGGUCAGUGAACCCCUCGUAGAGCCUGUAAUGCCACCUCUGUCUGAGCCACCUCCAUGUGAAACAGCUCCUGAAGAGUCCACCCCCAUCCUGUCUCUGCCCCCUGUUGUUGAGGAUGAAGUGACCUCAGUGCCUCCACCUGCCAAAGCGUUGCCUGUUUCUCCUGAAGUGGUGGAGGGAGAACUGAGGCAGAAGAUCAGAGAGGAGAUGCAGAGAAGUCUGGAGGACGAGAUCAACCAGAAGAGACAGGAGCUGCUGCUACAACUGGAGGAGAUGAGGGCUCAGGCUCAGGUCGAGGCCACGGCUUCAGCUCAGGCUCAGGUGGAGGAGCAGGUGAAGAAGACACUGGAGGCGGAGAAUUCGGCGCACAUGGAGAAGCUGACGGACGCCAUCAUGAAGGAGCGAAUGAGGACAGCGGACGAGAGGCUCAUGGUGCAGCUUUAUAGGAUGGAGCUGAAGGCUCAUCAGCUGGAGGAGAAGGAGAAACAGUUGAAGAAACGAGACACUCUCUACAAGGAACACAUCGCAAAACUUGAAACCAAGUGCACUGAGUUUUAUAAAGUGACAGCAGAGAGCUUCCAGAAGGGCAAAGAGGAGACACACCAGCGUUUUGCGCGCUUCGACGUGCAGCCGGUGUGUGGAGACCUGCAAAGUCAGAUUCUAAAAUGCUACAAGGACAACACAGGAAAAACUCUGUCUUGCUCGAGCAUAGCCUCAGCCUACAUGCAGUGUGUGGACAACGCCAAGAAAAAUAAGUUGAGCACUGGAGGUUAAAAUGAACCACGCGAUGAAGACGUCUGACAUAUUUACUGUUGCAGUGAACAAACGAUGAAGGACAAGGAAAUAGAAAAAGUGCCACAUACCCUCAAAGUGACUUGUCUGGUCUGGUACUGGUGUCACAAACACAGUUUCAUUUUACACUUCAUGUCUGUGACCUUGUUGGUUCUUGGGAUCAUCCUUAAACUUUUUGUGCCAAUACCACAACAUGACAGGAGGAUAUUUCUAAGUGCUUGUCUAUGUUAACAAGGCAGAAAAAUAACAAAGGAGCAUUAGGGUGAAGUUUGCUGCACAUGGUUUUCAUUUUGAGUGUGAACAAGAUAUUUGUAUGAGAAGCAGUGUAUACUGAAUAUGUAUGUGUGCCUUGAAGCUAAUAAUCAGACUGCAGAUGCAUGAGAGAACAGAGGAGCAGAGAUGUGAUAUAACAAAGACCUGUUGCUUGUUAAAGUUUAUGUACGUCGAUGAUUUCAGGGAAUCCCCUUCAACUUCUCACCCUCAAAGUCUGGUGAAUGCACAAAAUAAUAAAAAGGUUUUGUUUGAUCUAAAA